UCACCCCUCCCUUCCUGGCCUCCUUUGCUUCUCUCUCAUGGGUGGUUUUGUCUCUCUGGUUUGUGUGGUCUGCCCUGCACAUUCCAGCUCUUUUCUCUUCAGGACCCAACAUGUUCCACACAGAGAGGGGAUUUAUAAAAUGGAUUAUGCUUUGCUAUUCAGUCUUUUGUUUUCAGAACACACCUUUUUCUUUUGUUUUAUGUAUUAGGAUGUCUGUGUGUCUCUGUACAUAUUUGUGUGUCUCUCUACUACGUGUGAGUCUGUGUGUCUAUAGUAUGAAUGUGUAUAUGUAAAUUGGUGUAUCUGUUUCAUUGUGCAUGUUACAUACAAAUACAUAGGGCCUGAUCCUUCUGUUACAUGUAAGACCUUUGCCACUGACCUCAUUGUAAGCAGGAUUGAGACUGAGUGUAUUUGUUUCUGUCAGAUACGUUUGUUUCUGUGUCAUGGCUGUGAAUGGGUGCAACACUCCAUGUGCAUGUCAGGGCUGUGCCUUGAGAUGUGACAGUCUGACUUGGGGGAGAGGGGAGAUUUCAGAAGGUGGAAAAUAUUUUAAAAGCCCCCUUGAACUGCACUCACAGCAGAAUCCAGUGGAGGGAGAGAAUUUAAACACCGCCUUGAAAUAAAUCCCAACUAAGGGAGUCUCCACCAGCAAGAGAGAUUUGAAACAGCAGGUCUGGAUGUUGCAUAUGCGUGUAUGUGUCUGUGACACAGGAACUUUGCCCAAACUUCUUCAUUCAGAGCAGCCCCUCUUUCAGCCUUGGCUUUCACUGGAGGAGGAGGAGGAGGAGGAGGACAGAGCUGGGAGGGGGACUGUUCCAUUAGCUCAGCAGGGAGAAAGUAUUCCCAUACCCAUCCAACAAAGCAGCUACUUCUUCUCUUCUCCACCCACAAUGGAGUGGUAGAGUCUUGCUGCUCCUCUCUAUGGGCCAGAUGCUCCCCUUUGUAGUUAAAAGGGGCAGAAAAGGGAAAGACGUGAAAAAAUUUACUACAGAACUGAGCUGAGUAAGGGCCUGGUGCUAAGAAGGGCUGAGUACCUAAAACUUCCACUGAAGUUAAUAGCAGCUGCAAGAACUCAGCAGGUGCUCAGCAUCUCUCAGGAUUAGGACCCUAAUUAAUAUGUAUCCAUCUAGUCAUAAGGAGUGGGGAAAAGGCUUGUAGUAAUCAGGGGCUGUGGGGAUUAAGGGGAUCCCACUGAGGGGAUUAAGAAACCGGCUAUGCUUUUGGGAAAGGUGUAGACAACUGUGCACUGCUACACUUACAGCACAAUCUGCAGGAAGGGCCACUGUGUGUGGAAAAGUGCAGAAAACUUUUUAGAGUACCUUACAGUCAGAUCUGUGGCCAUGUCUGCAGAUGGCCCCUUUUUUAAAUAGCCACUGAAUCAUAUGUAUUGUGGUGGGCUGGCUGAGUGUGUGUAUGUUUAUAUCAGUGCCUUGUUCUGGAGGGAAUCAUAACUGCUUAACUGUGUGUCAUAGGCCUUACACUGCUAGCAGCAAAGGAAGAUUCCCCUUCAAUAGCUGGCACCUGGGCUUUAGGAGGAGGCACCUCCAAGUUCUACCCCUUUCCACUAACAUAGGCCCAGUUUCUAAUCUGCCAGGGGGUGCUCACCCUGGCCCUGCCCCCACUCCACCCCUUUCCCCAGUGCCCCACCCCCGACCUGCUUCUUCCCACUCCCGCUCUGCCCCGCCUCUUCCAUGCCCAGUUCUGCCCCCUUCCCCUGGCACGCUGCGCCCUCACUUCUCCCCCUUCACCUCCCCUGUGCCUCCUGAUGCCACAAAACAGCUUUUAUGGCAGGCGGGAGACGCUGGGAGGGUGGGGGAAGUGCUGAUUUGCAGGGCCCGCUAGCGGGCAGGAGGCGCUGGGGGAAGGGGAAGGUUCUGAUGGGGGGCUGCCAGUGGGUGCUAAGCAUCCACCAUUUUUUUCCUGUGGGUGCUCCAGCCUCUGGAACUCGUCAUCUGGUCUCUGCCCCGCGAGCCUCCCUGGCUGCCCCGAUGUGCAAAUUAAGUCGGCUGAAUGCCAUCCAGCUUGUCUGCCUCUGAACAGCACCCAGGAACCAUCUGUAUGUGCUCAUGCUUCAUACCAUCCAGUUCCUCACCCUUGUGCCACACCCCAACACCACGUGGUGGGACCUGUUGCCACUUAAUGAGGGUGAAGAGCCCCAUUGGGCCAGUCUGUAUUACACUCUGGUCCCAUGGUUCACAGGUGAUAUUAGCUGGUGGCUCCUUCAUGAAGCCAUAAGGACAGGUAUCUACCUGGCACAGUUUACAAACUCCCCAGACACCUGUCCUUUCUGCAGCAAGAGGGAGAUCCUGGCACACAUCUAUAUAGGUUGCAUCAGGUUGCAGGCCCGAUUCCAGCUCCUACAGAAGCUCUUAUAGAAGUUCUGGCUGCACUUUUCUUGCACUUCCUGAUCCUCACGCUCCAUCUGUGGCCUCACAAAGUUGCAGGAUCUCCUCAACAACCUCUUCCUGGCACUGGCCAUGAUGGCCAUCCAUCAUGUCAGAAGGAGGAAGUUGGAUGGGGUUGAAGGGUUGCUCUGCAACUGUGAGGCCUAUUUCUGCUCCUUCUUGAAGUCACAUCUCCAGGCAGAGUUCAUCUAGGUCAUCUCCUCUGGCUCCCUGGGUGCCUUCGAGGAGCAGUGGGUGCUGUCUGGGGCUCCUUGCUUUUGAACCCAUGAUGCUCACUACCAUCCCUGUUCUUUUCAUUUGUUGUCCCCCAAAUUUACUAUACUUGAGCAGUGGGUUCAGUUGCUCCUCCUCUUUGGCUGGGGGAGGGAUCUUUAGAUGUAGCCUGGCUUGGGCCCACCCUUUCCCCCAGGAACGCAAUAGGUGUGGGGCCCAUUUUUGUUCCCUGCAAUGUUCACUGGCUCCUUAGAAACCUUGAGGAGCAGUGGGUGCUGUCCCCUUUUGGCUUCUUGAUUUUUGCCAAAGACCUUCACUGUCCCUGUUUUUCCAUUUGUUGUCCCAAGUACUCAGUUGUGCCCUGGGUUUGCUGGCACAGUCCCUGGCUAAGGGGAGUGCCUUGCGCUGUGUCUUCCAUUUUCCUGGUACCCACAACAGGCAUCACAAAGUUCCGUGUGGCCAUGGUGUAGAGCCCAAGGGGCUGGAAAUUUCUUCUCUCUCUCCCCCCAGUGCAAAUUCUGCGGGGAGCUGUGGGUCACUGCUGUCACUUUUCUGAACAACCUGCUUUGCUUUGCCGGAGCAGCAUGUGCAGCUCUUGAGCUCCGCCCCACUCUUGAUCCCACACCUCUGCGGACUAGCCCCUGUCAGGGGAGGGGACAGUGUCCCGUGGGGGACCUCGCUUGCGCUGGGAGCUGGGCUCCCUCUGGGCGUUUCUGGGCAGGGCUGGGGCACCGAACUGGGUGGAGGUUUUGCAGUGAGCUGCAGCACUUCUCGGCGCCCAGCUCACGGGAGCACCUAGGCCUCGGUGACACGCGAGAGCGAUGACCAGGGCGGAGCUGUGCGGCAGGACCCAGCCUGCAGCAGCUCUGACUCCACCCCCCAGGCAGAGGGGAGCCCCAGCCCGGAGCGCUGAGUCCCGCGCACUGGAAGGACGAGGGGACCCCAGCCUGCUCUGGAGGCGCUGGGCGGAGCGUGAGUAGAAAGGAGACGGCCCCAGCGUAGAGCUCCGCCCCCGCCCCACCCCACAGGCAGAGCGGAGCCGCAGGGACAAGGGAGUCUGAGUGGGGGACUGGCCCCCGCGCGGAGCCCCGCCUCCGGCAGCUCGGGAAAUGCUGCCGGUGGAGUGGAGAGGGAAGGAGCCGCGGCGGCUGGGAUUGGGGAUCUGGCGGGGGAAGCAGCGGCUGCAGCAGUAGCGGGAGCUGCUGCUCCGGGGCGGGGGGGGUCCUGCAGCCAUACAGAGCUCCCUGCGCAUUGCACUGAACCUCGGGAGCUGAGCCGGGCCUCUGCAGGGGGAGAGGAGGAGCAGGGGGCUGAAGGGAGACAGGCAGCUCAAGGGAGAGUGAUACUGGGAGAAAUCCGAGCAAGGGAGAGCGAGAGAUCCCACCCUGGGGAAGAGCCAGAACAAGGGAGAGAAAGAGAUCCCAAAUCAAGGGAGAGCGAGAGAUCGUAGUAAGUGGUAGAGCGAGAGAGAUCCCAGCACGAGGGAAAUUCCAAGAAGAGAUUAGAAGAAGAAAGAGAUCGGGAGAAAGGUCCCAGCAAGAGGGAGUGAGAGCCUAGCAAGAAAGAGACCCCCAUGAGAGGAGUCUCCCAAGCAAGAGAUCCUAUGAAAAAAUCAAUCCCAGUAACAGAGAGAGGCAGGCAGAAAGCGAUCAACAAGCCUGAGAAGACAAAGCACUAGUCAAUGUACAGUAAGUAACAAUCCUGCACUGGCCCCAAGGAGAUGGACUAGAUGAGACCUACAUUCUUUGUGUUUUAACUUUUCUGAUGCUAUGAGAUUGGCAUAAUUCUAGCAGAAAAGAUCCCUGAGAAAGCUUCCUGAAUGACCCUAGAAAGAUCAAAGUAAAGAGGAAUAUUAUUAGGAUCCCUGCAGAAUAGACUGCAGAGAAAGAGAGAGGGAGAAAGAGGUAUCACCGUAUACCAGCAGGAGAAGGGAGAACACAGGAGAGAGAGAGAUCACAGAGUAAAGACGUUGUGAUCCCAUCAGAAGAGAUCUGAGAGGGAGCCAUCAUCCAGGACAUCCUCAGUUCUCUGUUGUGAGAUCCUAGGGGAGAAAGAGAAACAAACCAGAGUCACCCCUGUUGUGUGGAGACACUUGUGCUUUGGCUUGGAGAGGCCCUGAACCACCUAACACCACCUUGGAACUCUUGAAGGGAGUGGGGGGUGUUGUUUGGAGAUGGUGGAGUCCCUGGAGAAGCUACAUGGAUCUUAACGCUGCUUUAAGGGCAAAGAGAAGAGCAGUGGGAAUGGGUUGGCUGUGGCUGGUCUGUCUGUUUCACCUAGCCGCCUCGCUGGAAGAAAUACUUCUGGAUACAACAGGAGAGACCUCGGAAAUCGGCUGGACCACCCACCCUCCUGAUGGGUGGGACGAGGUGAGUGUCCUGGACGACAAGAAGCUCCUGAUCCGAACCUUUGAGGUCUGCAAUGUGGCUGAGCCAGGCCAAAAUAACUGGCUGCGCACUCACUUCAUAGAGCGGUAUGGGGCCCACCGAGUCCAUGUCCGUCUCCGUUUCUCAGUGCGUGACUGUGCCAGCAUGCGGACCGUGGCUUCUUCCUGCAAGGAGACCUUCACCCUCUAUUACUACCAGGCAGAAACUGACAUGGCUACGCAGGAUCUGCCUGAAUGGCGCGAGGGGCCCUGGACCAAGGUGGAUACCAUUGCAGCUGACGAAAGCUUCUCACAGGUGGACAGCACUGGGAAGGUGGUGAAGAUGAAUGUCAAGGUGCGCAGCUUUGGGCCGCUCACCCAGCGUGGCUUCUACCUGGCUUUCCAGGACUCAGGGGCCUGCAUGUCACUGGUGGCUGUACAAGUCUUCUUCUACAAGUGCCCAGCUGUGGUGAGGGGGUUUGCCUCCUUCCCUGAGACCUUUGCCGGUGGGGAGAGGACCUCGCUGGUGGAGGCGGUGGGGACCUGUGUGGCAGACGCAGAGGAGGCAAAUACGGCAGGGUCCUCUGGUGUCAGGCUGCACUGCAAUGGGGAAGGCGAGUGGAUGGUGGCCAUUGGGAGGUGCACCUGCAGGCCUGGCUACCAACCUGCUAACGACGAAGGAGCCUGCAAAGGCUGUCCCACUGGUUCCUUUAAAGCAUAUGUGGGGGAUGCCCCCUGCAGACUCUGCCCCGCCCACAGCCACGCUCCAGUGCCAGGCUCCAGUGAAUGUGCCUGCCAAAGCCGAUACUACCGCUCUGCUUCGGACACGUCUGACACCCCCUGCACUGGCACUCCCUCCGCCCCCCGGGAUGUUAGCUAUGAGAUCAUUGGCUCCAAUGUGCUCCUGACCUGGCGCUUACCCAAGGACCUGGGUGGCCGCAAGGAUGUCUUCUUUAAUAUAAUCUGCAAGGUGUGCCCGACGGGGUCUCCAGGGCCCUGCGUGCGCUGUGGGGACAGCAUUCAGUUUGAGCCACGCCAGGUGGGGCUAACAGAGAGUCGUGUGCAGGUCUCCAACCUGCUGGCCCGUGUGCAGUACACAUUCGAGAUCCAGGCCGUCAACCUGGUGACCGAGCUGAGCCCAGAGGCACCCCAAUAUGCAGCCAUCAACGUCAGCACCAGCCAGUCAGUCCCCUCUGCAGUUCCUAUGAUGCAUCAGGUGAGUCGCACCGCCAGCAGCAUCACAUUGUCCUGGCCACAGCCAGACCAGCCCAAUGGAGUCAUCCUGGACUACCUGUUACGCUAUUUCGACAAGGCAGAAGAUGAGGAUAACUCAUUCACCAUAACCAGUGAGACCAACAUGGCCACCAUCUCAAACCUGAGCCCAGGCAAGAUCUAUGCCUUCCAGGUGCGAGCCAGGACAGCUGUGGGUUACGGGCCAUAUAGUGGCAAGAUGUAUUUCCAGACCCUGGUGGGAGGCGAACGCUCGGAAGUGGUUCAGGACCGGCUGCCACUUAUCGUGGGCUCAGCACUCGGUGGUCUGGCCUUCUUGGUAAUUGCCGCCAUUGCCAUCCUUGCCAUCAUCUUCAAGAGUAAGAGGCGAGAGACCCCAUAUACAGACCGUCUGCAGCAGUACAUCAGCACGCGGGGGCUUGGGGUGAAGUAUUACAUUGACCCUUCGACCUACGAGGACCCCAAUGAGGCUAUUCGGGAAUUUGCCAAGGAGAUUGAUGUGUCCUUUGUCAAGAUUGAGGAGGUCAUUGGAUCAGGAGAGUUUGGAGAGGUGUGUUUUGGGCGCCUGAAACCCCCGGGGAAGCGGGAGUACACAGUGGCCAUCAAGACUCUGAAGUCAGGUUACACAGAUGAGCAGCGGCGGGAAUUUCUGAGUGAGGCCAGCAUCAUGGGGCAGUUUGAGCAUCCCAAUGUCAUCCGCCUGGAGGGUGUGGUCACCAAGAGCCGACCCGUCAUGAUCGUCACAGAGUUCAUGGAGAACGGCUCACUGGAUUCCUUCCUCAGGCAACGAGAAGGACAGUUCAGCGUGCUGCAGCUGGUGGGGAUGCAGCGGGGAAUCGCAGCUGGCAUGCGUUACCUCUCGGACAUGAACUAUGUCCACCGUGACUUGGCUGCCCGUAACAUCCUGGUCAACAGCAACCUGGUGUGCAAGGUGUCUGACUUUGGUUUGUCCCGCUUCCUAGAAGAUGAUGCCUCAAACCCCACCUAUACUGGGGCCCUGGGUGGCAAGAUCCCCAUCCGCUGGACUGCUCCCGAAGCCAUCCAGUACCGCAAGUUCACAUCCUCCAGCGAUGUCUGGAGCUAUGGCAUCGUCAUGUGGGAGGUGAUGUCGUAUGGCGAGAGGCCUUACUGGGACAUGUCUAAUCAGGAUGUAAUUAAUGCUAUUGACCAGGACUAUCGCCUGCCACCACCCCCAGACUGCCCCACUGUCUUGCACCUUCUCAUGCUUGACUGCUGGCAGAAGGAGCGGGUUCAGAGGCCCAAAUUCGAGCAGAUAGUCAGUGCUCUAGACAAGAUGAUCCGCAAGCCAUCCGUGCUUAAAGCCACCGGCACAGGGAGCAGCAGACCAUCCCAGCCCCUGCUGAGCAACUCACCCCCAGACUUCCCCUCACUCACUAGUGCCCAUGAAUGGCUGGAUGCCAUCAAGAUGGGCCGCUACAAGGAGAAUUUUGACCAGGCCGGACUGACCACCUUCGAUGUCAUCUCACGUAUGACACUGGAAGAUAUCCAGCGCAUUGGGAUCACUCUGGUUGGUCACCAGAAGAAGAUUCUCAACAGCAUCCAGCUCAUGAGAGUUCACUUGAACCAGCUCGAACCAGUGGAGGUCUGAGGUUUAGACCAUUCUCCCACCUCCAAACUCCAGGAAGGGAGUUCAGAGGGAUUUUCACUAUCAAUGGGAGCAGACGAGGAGAUCCCUGGAGACUUUGUGCAGAGAGAGAGUGGGCAUUAAAUGUCCCAUGCCACCAAACCAAACCCUUGCAGUGAUUUGACUGCAAUGCUACAGAACUUGUGCCAUUCAGAUGUGGGUGAUCUUGUACAUUGGGGAAGGACUGGGGGAAGAGAGGGCUACUGUAAUGUGGGGAGGAGCUGGAAGAUAAUUUGGACAGAUCAGACACACCUGCUGCCUCUUCUCUGCCAGCAGAUGGGAUCAAAAACAUUACAAAGCUGUCAUUGGACUGUGUCUGCAGCUGGGAGCCCAUCAAAGCCACACAGACAUUUUUCACCCUGAACCAGGCAAAAUAAAGGCAGAGGAAAGUUACAUUUUUUUUCUAAAAGAAAA